AUGUCGGACUCGAUGGAUGAAUGAAUGACCAAGCGGGGUUGGAGCGUCGACAGCAAUGGGCGGUCCAGAGUCUCCCCUCAUGCGAAGUGCACGGCUAGUGGACAUCGGCACAUUUGGCAGGCUGGCAGCUGCUUGAGCGUUGUUGCAUAACCUCACGAAGAGUUCUCUCACUCACGCACUUACUCAUCGAUUUGCUUUUUCACCAUGGCAGCCGCGAAGAAAGUCUGCAUCAUCGGAUCUGGAAAUUGGGGCUCUGCCAUUGCCAAGAUAGUCGGUGCCAAUGCCGCUCGGAAUUCCAAAUUUGACAGCACGGUAAAAAUGUGGGUGUUUGAGGAGUUGGUGAAUGGGCGCAAACUGACUGAAAUUAUCAACACUGACCAUGAGAAUGUGAAGUACCUUCCUGGGCACAAGCUACCAGCAAAUGUGCUGGCAGUUCCAGACUUGCCGGAGGCAGCCGGUGAUGCAGACAUUCUGGUGUUUGUCAUCCCGCAUCAGUUCAUUGCCAAAGCCUGCGACGCCAUGAAGGGCAAGAUAAAGAGUGACGCACUUGGCAUAUCUCUAAUCAAGGGUGUUGACGAGGGGCCCAAUGGACUGAAGCUCAUCUCUGAUGUGAUCCAAGAGAAGCUUGGCAUUGCAAUGAGUGUGCUGAUGGGGGCCAACAUUGCCAACGAAGUAGCGGAUGAAAAGUUUUGUGAGACCACCAUCGGAUGCAAGAACGAAAACCACGGGGCUUUGCUGAAGGAACUCAUGCAGACCAACAACUUCCGCGUGACUGUCGUGCCAGAGCAUGAUGUGGUGGAAAUCUGUGGCGCUUUAAAGAACAUUGUUGCCGUGGGAGCAGGUUUCUGUGACGGUCUGGGUUUCGGGGACAACACAAAAGCGGCAGUAAUCCGGUUGGGUCUAAUGGAGAUGAUCGCGUUUGCCCGUAUUUUCUGCACUGCCGGGCCUGUGUCUUCUGCAACCUUUCUGGAAAGCUGCGGCGUCGCCGAUCUCAUCACCACCUGCUACGGUGGGCGCAAUCGCAAAGUGGCCGAGGCCUUUGCAAAGACGGGAAAGUCCAUUGAAGAGCUUGAGAAAGAGAUGUUGAACGGUCAGAAGCUGCAAGGACCGGCGACUGCGGCUGAGGUUUAUCUCAUCCUCAAGCAUAAAAAUUUGGUGGACAAGUUCCCACUAUUCAAUGCUGUCUAUCAGAUCUGCUACCAAGGCCAUCCAGUCACAGAGUUCAUCAGCUGCUUGCAAAACCAUCCAGAGCACAUGUAAAAUGCAAAAACACUGACCAAGUGCCUUCUACAUGAAAAGCGUUACCACUUCCGUCAUCUGUUACACAUCCAAAACGUGAGGCGACCAGUCACUCCGCAGCCGCAACGCAGUGGCCCUCGUGUUCACUCCAUGGAGACGCUACAUAACAUUUGUCAACCGCUUUGGCCUUAAUUCAAGUGCUUUUCAUUUCACGAAAUCAUGCUGAAGCUUGAAAGAUUUUGCCCUCCCCUGUAUUAAGUGCUGAUAGAUCUUGACCAAAUCCAGGCUCUUAAUGUCAUACUUGACUUCUACCACUAGGAGGCUGUCAACGGUGACUUGGCCAGAUUUAUGGGACAUAAACGCAUGCAUUCAAAUUCAAACUUCCAACAGAUAUGGACAAGAUCGAUGAAACUAGUUGGGAGUGAGGCGGAAUGAUGAUGAUGAUAAUAAUGCCGUCCAGUGGACACCUGUCCCAUUACCUGAAGUUAUUGCAUCAUCAUGUAACCCUGCUUCAUGUCUUUGUAGCUUUUAGUGUCCGCAAAUCAUUUCCUGCCUUGUAUUUUAUAUUAAUCACGCCCGGCAACUGAUUUGACUAAACGCAAGUGCCUUUGAAUACACGGUUGCUACAUUAAGUCUCGGAUAGUGCACCUAUUUGUGCAAAGCAAAUACUUGCUUCUGAAAUGUCCGUCCAUUUGUUAACAUGACUGCCAAAGCGCUUGCAUUUUUAAAUGUUAUGUCAACAUUUGUCUCUGAAUAAAUGACUAUCUGGGCAUUGGUGGAAUCAUAUUUUAUCCAAGUUACAACUACAUACAGCACCAAAGUAGGAAAUGCGGAUGUUAAAACUUCCAAAAUAGGAAAUGAAUCCAGAAACAUUUUGGGUAAAAUUAGAUGCAAACGCCGUUUGGAAAAUACUGCUGCCAGUUGAAAUUAUUUAUAACUGAAAUAAAACUUCUACUGUGAAACAUGCUCAUAAAGAAGCAUAAGUAGUUUAUUACGUAAUAGAGUAUUGCUAGCAUGACAUGACAGAAAAGAGCAGUGCACCGUUGGGCAUUACAAGUAGUGCACCGUUGGGCAUUACAAGUACAAUCAAAGCUGACGUGUAGACCUGCUUCAUGAUUUGUAGAAUAUGGAAUACAUGGAAUGAACUUCAGUAAGUGUGAAUAUGUAAACUGCUGUAAAUGCUGCAAAGAUAAAAUGAUCAGCACUCUCCUGUGUGUCUAUUUACAAGAGCCAUUGGUUUUUUUUGGCCACAGGCAGAGAAGGCAAAAAAGUUCCACUAAAUGUGAUCAACAAAAUGCAAUCAAAGCUUUGUGGUAUUACAAUCACAAUGAUAGGUUUUUGCUUGUGCACAGUCCUUCCUGUGUUCCACUCUACUGUAGUUACCAUCCUUUUUGGUUUGGUAUAAGACUUAAGUGAAUGUGUUAGUUGCCUCGUUAAUGAAUGAUAGGGAGCAUGUUUAUCAGACUAGGUCCCAAAAAAAAA